AUGGCAACAGAAGGUAAUAACCCUGCCCCUGUUGUGCGGCGAUCGUAUGAUGCCACUAGAGGCAGUUUGUAUACAGCAGAUUUCUUUGCCCCUUUGCGCGCUUCUAAAUCGCAAUGGAACGCCUCCAUACAGAUGCUGCAUGCACAGCAGCAGCAGCAGCAGCAGCAGGUUCCUGAUUUGUUUUCCAGUCAACGUUGGCGGGGUAACCGGGACCUAUACUGGCAGCAGCAGCAAGUACAAGAGCUGCUGCAAGAGGAACGCACGCAGCUGCUUAAAGACAGUGUGCUUAUGAACCGCAACUCUCUCCUUGCUGCGUAUACCUAUGAGGACUUCCCGCAGCAUCGACCUCAGUAUACAGCAGGAGAUGCAGCAAAAUUAGCAUCCAAUGCAGCACCAGAAGCAGCAGAGCCUGGUUGUAUUACAAAAUUGCGUGCAGCAGAGGUAGGGUUCAACGAGACCUUCAGCCCCUCUAGCAGUAACAAUUUCAGCACCAGCAACUGGAACAGCAGCAGCAACAGCAACUGGAACAGCAGCAGCAACAGCAACAGCAACAGCAGCAGCAGCAGCUGCUGGGGCAGCAGCAAUACGCAGGUGUCCGUUGACAGAAGACGAGCUCGAUUAUUUAGUAGGAUGGAGAGUUUGACUUCACGGGAGGUGUACGCAGCAGUGAGGUGUAUAGCUGACCCUGAGCAUCCGUACACCCUAGAAGAGCUGGCGGUGGUUCUUCCCCACAACGUCAAAGUGCGUUGCUGCUGCAACAACAACAGCAACAGCAGCAGCAGCAGCAGCGGCGAGGAAAGCGUGGACGAAGGCAUGUGUUAUAACUGCCAAUUGCACGAGCUACAGCAACAGCAGCUGCAGCUGCAGCAGCAGCAGCAGCAGCACUGGAGAAGGAAGGAGAAUUUGCGCAACAUUAAUUGGUUUGUUGCUGCUUGUGAAGGCGCAGCGAGCAGCAGCAGCAGCAGCAUCAACAGCAACAGGGGCAGUUUGAAGGACUCGGAGGUCUGGGCGGACGUCCUCGAUGUCUUGCGCUGCUGUGCCUAG